GUCCGGACAGUGAACGUGUACGAAGCGGUCGCGAUGCGUGUUCCAAGGCUAGUGCGAAAUCUGAGACGUUCAACCCAUCACCGAAAGUCCCCGUUUGGUGAGGCGAUCGUCAAGCUGGCGUUCGUGGUUUGCUGCGGGAUCAUCACGGUGUUGUUGAUCUUCCACAAGUACGAAAAUUUGGACAACUUCAAGCGAACGCUCUACUACCGGUACCAAACCGCCGACGGAGUGGGAUUCUUCGCCCAGCCACGAAACCUGGACGGGGUGAAGAUCGACUGGCACAACUAUGAGCUGAUGAAGCACGAGGAGAGCCGGACGGGGCCGGGCGAGCAGGGAAGACCGUACCAGUUGACGGAUCCGAAAGCGAAAGCGCUCAACGAGGAGAUCUUCAAGGAAAACGGUUUCUCGGCGGUGAUCAGCGACGCGAUCGCUCUGGAUCGUUCUGUCCCAGACAUUCGGCACGUCAACUGUCGCACGAAGGAGUACCUCCGGGAGCUGCCCAGCGUCAGUGUGAUCGUGAUCUUCUACAACGAACACUGGAGCACACUGCUGCGCACAGUGUUCAGUGUGCUGAAUCGAUCACCCCCAGAACUGCUGCAAGAAGUGAUCCUCGUCAACGACCACAGCACAAAACCAUUUCUGUGGGCACCGUUGCGUGACCUUGUCGAGACGGAACUGGCACCGAAGGUACGGCUGAUCGAUCUUCCUGCCCGGUCCGGUCUGAUCGUGGCUCGUAUGGAGGGGGCCCGUCAGGCUCGUGGCGAUGUCCUGAUUGUGCUGGACUCGCACACGGAAGUCAACACCAACUGGUUGCCCCCAUUGCUAGAACCCAUCGCCGAGGACUACAGGACUUGUGUGUGUCCGCUUAUCGACGUGAUAGCGUACGACACGUUCCAGUAUCGGGCGCAGGACGAAGGCAAGCGAGGUGUGUUCGACUGGAAGUUCUACUACAAACGGUUGCCCCUUCUGCCGGGCGAUCUCGACGAUCCGACGAAGCCCUUCAACAGCCCGGUGAUGGCGGGAGGACUGUUUGCGAUCAGUGCCAAGUUCUUCUGGGAGCUCGGUGGCUACGACGAGGGUCUAGACAUCUGGGGCGGUGAGCAGUACGAGCUAAGCUUCAAGAUCUGGCAGUGUGGGGGGCGACUGGUCGAUGCACCCUGUUCCCGCGUGGGCCACAUUUACCGUGGUUUCGCCCCGUUCAAGAAUCCGCGUGGCGUGAACUUUGUGACGCGCAACUUCAAACGCGUGGCCGAGGUGUGGAUGGACGAGUACGCCAGAUUCCUGUACGAGCGCAACCCGCAGUUCGACCAAACGGACGCAGGUGAUCUGACGGCACAGCGGGAGUUGCGGGACCGGUUGCAGUGUAAACCGUUCCGUUGGUUCCUCGAGGAAGUCGCACCGGACCUCCUGCUGCGGUAUCCGGUGCGCGACCCGCAGCCAUUCGCUUCCGGCCAGGUCCAGAGUGUAGCCGAUCGGCGUUUGUGUCUCGAUUCGCUCAACCACCAUGCGAAGGAACCGAUCGGGCUUUACGCGUGCUCCGCGAAUAGGACGCAUCCGCAAAACAAUCAGUUCUUUACGCUCUCGUACCAUCGCGACAUUCGAGUGCGCAGCGUCGACAAGUGUCUGGAUGCUGCGAAGCUGAACGAUGAAGUUGUUCUCUUCAGCUGCCACGAGUCCCAGGGCAAUCAGAUGUGGCGGUACGACUACGAGUCAAAGCAGAUCAUCCACGGAAAGGACCACCACGGACGCUGCCUCGAGGCGGAUAUCGCCGGGCGGAAGCUGAUCGUGGCCAGCUGUGAUAAAACCAAACCCACCCAACAGUGGGACUGGGGCUACGUUAACUUUGUCCAUCUGCAAAACUGGGACAUUUACGGGGCAACGUUUCUGUAGCGAUCUGCAGACCCUUCAUUUGGACCUAUAUUGUGAUUCCUUUAUAAGUUUCGUUUAUCUUUCUCACGCGCUUACAGUUAAGUGAAAGUGUUUCCUGGCUAGAAAUGUUUGAAAAUAGCACAAAGCUUGUUCAGGGACAGUAU